AUGCGAGCAUUACCUGAAGAAAUAGAAUUUGUGAAUUUUUUAUUAAAAAUUGGUAAUGGAACCGUCAAUAAUAUGAAUGAUGAAGUCAGUUUACCAGACUCAUGUUUUACAUCAAAUAAUAAUGAUAUUGUAGAAAAUGUAUACGGUAGGAUAAUCAGAGAAAAAUGUUAUGAUCAACUUACGUCUGCAGUCAUUUUAUCAGCAAGAAAUAUAGAUGUGGAUGAAAUAAAUAAACAAGUCAUAGAACUCUUGGACUCUACAACUGAAAAAAUUUUCACAGCUGUUGACAGUACUGAAAACUGUGAUAACGGAAACAUCGAUGAUAUAAUUUUACCCGAAUACUUAAAUACUUUGAAUCCACCUAAUUUCCCGCUAUAUGAACUGAAAUUACGACAAUUUUCUAUAGCGAUGUUGAUUAGAAAUUUAAACUUAAGCGAAGGACUCUGUAAUGGAACAAGGCUAAUAAUACUAGAAUUAGGAGUUAAUGUUUUAAGGUGUAAAAUAUUAUCAGGUGACAGAGCUGGAGAGAUUGUCUUUAUAAACAGGUUAACAUUGUAUUGUGAAAACGAAUAUCCCUUUACUUUUAAAAGACGACAAUUUCCCAUUAAAAUAGCAUUCUGCAUGACGAUUAACAAAGCACAAGGUCAAACUUUUGAUAAAAUUGAGGUAGAUCUUACUAAAUAUGUUUUUAAUCAUUGUCAACUUUAUGUUGCAUUUUCACGAGUACGUUCUUGGGCAGGCUUACAGGUAUAUUUAGCUUCUGAGAAUCAUAAUAAAGUAGUUAAGAACAUAGUUUAUAAAUAA